AUGUUCUCUGUCAUUUUGACUGACAACUUCGGCGAUAAAAGACAACGGUCGUUUGCCCUCGACAAAGCUACUAAAGGAAUUGUCGUCGGCAGACAUAAAUCGUGCGACAUCAUUUUAAAUUCGAUGAUGGUCAGCAACUUCCAUUGCAAAAUACAAAUCAAAGACAACAAUAUGGAGAAGAUCAUCGUCACAGAUACUUCGUCGAAUGGAACUCAGUUCAAUGGAGCGGACAUUGGAAAGAACAACAAAGUCGAAAUUACCAUCGACGACAAAAUUGUGAUAAACAUGUCGACUAAUGACUGUUACUUCAUUGUGUUUUCUAAAGAGCCGGUUGUCUCUUUGAGUGACAUAAUCGUCAAAGACCUUGACCCGAUGUGUUAUAAGAAGUUCUGUUUCCUAGUGAGGUUGGGCGAUGGCCAAUACAGUCGUGUGUACAAGGCGAUGGAUCAAGAGACUAAGGAAGUGAUUGCUCUGAAAGUCUUAUAUCAAACACGAGUUAAUUUUUCACUUGAUAUUAUUGCUAAAAGAGAACUGGACAUUUGGAAGAAUUUACAACACGAAAACAUUGUGAAGUUUCUUGGAGUGUACGAGUCUGAAAACAACACGAUAUUUCAAAUAGAAUACUGUGAAGGUGGGGACUUGUUCACUCGGAUUACUACUUCUGGUAAAAUGGAUGAACAUGAAUCCGCCUUUGUUUUUAUGCAAUUGGUCAGAGGUAUUCACUACCUUCACUCUCAUAACGUCAUCCACAGAGACUUGAAACCAGAGAACAUUUUGUUGAAAGAAAACCGCCCAUACCCUAUCAUCAAAAUCGCAGACUUCGGAAUGGCACGAAAUGAACUCUUUGGAACAACUGCGUGCGGGACUGUCCACUAUGCAGCACCUGAAGUCAUUUUACCAAAGAAAGGAGGCUUGAGAUAUUCAAAGGAGUGUGACGUGUGGGCAAUUGGUAUCAUUUUAUACAUCAUCCUCUCUGGAACGCACCCGUUCUCAAUGGAUAACGAAAACUUAUUGUAUAAGCAAAUCGAGAAAGCCGAUUUUAACUUUGAAAAUCACUGGAGCAACGUCUCGCAAACACCAAAGGAUCUUAUUAAGAAAAUGAUAGUUUUUGAUCCAUCGGAGAGAGCCACAACAGAAGAACUCCUUAAUUCGGAGUGGAUUGAAAGGAACUCGGUGUUCUUCCCAGAUUACAGAAAAAGAGCAGAAAAGGAAACGUCUGUGCAGACUAAAAAGAAAACGGAGGUUAAACUGACCGACAUACCGGAGGAGCUGAUUGAUGAAUGUUUGGAAGAACAUGAACAAAUUGAGCAAAUCAAAGAAGUGAAAGGAGAGGAUAAAAAGCAAGAGCAAGCAAAAGAAGAGAAGGCUGAAGAGAAACAAGAAAACAAAGAAAAUAAUUGA